GACGUGCUUCCGCGACUGAUUGGGGUCAGUGACCCCCAUUUGAAAGCUGGAAAGAGACUCCGAAAAAGGAGGCAAAUUCGAAAAUCUAUGACAUACUGAAGGCUGUAAAUAAAGAAGAGGGAGAAAUGAGUGACUCAGAGAAAAGCUUUGUGGACAUGUUCACUGCUGAACAGGAAGAGGCUGCGAGAGUGAUCCAGAGAGCAUUCCGUCGGAUUUUGGACAUGAAUGUCUUUCAGUUCUACAAAAACCUCAUCAGUUUCAGAGGCAAAGGUGAUCCGCGACUCUUGCUGAAAUGUGUCAACCCUCGCGAGGCGGAGCUAAUUGAUGCUGCAGCAGGAGUCCAUGUGCGCUUCAGACUAGGUGGUACUGAGUUUCCACCAAACAUUUACUACAAGUUGUUUACUCACAGACCUAUAGUAGACAUGUGCUCUAACAGCCCGAAAGAUUACACCCAGGAUUGCCUGAAGCAGCUGUUACCGAAACAGAGACACAAUCGUGGGCCUGUGCCGAAGCAGGACCUCAGUGGCUGGUACACACGAGUGGAGAACAAUGGUUGGAGACUUCUCACGCCUAGGGUGUCUCACAGUCUGGAUCUGGUAACUGCAGCCGACAACAGGAAUAGGAUUCCGUUUCAUCACUCCAAGCUACAGAGGAAACAGGAUGUGGAAAAAAGGCAGAAAAAAAGGAAAAUUGAGUGGAUGAAAAAGAUGUAUUAUGAAGGCAGCCUGCAUGCUGAGACCACAGACCCAGAAAUUGCGCUGUUGGUCCGACAGGCCACAGAAGGGGUGAUCCAAACAGCAGAAGAGCACGGUGCUAAUUCCGUCAUGGACUGGGAGGUUGAUGAGCUGCUCAAUUGGACCAAUGCCCUGAGCUACGAAGAGUAUAUAAGCUCUUGGAAAGAAAUUGGAACCAGUAAAUCAUCCUGUGCAUUUAUAGGAACAUCAUUCAUUCAGUCGCCGUAUGAUCAUUAUGAAUUCUCACAAAUACGCAGCCCGGCCUCCACUGACCUCAGCCUCGUGACCGAAGAGCAAUAACGUGAGGACUUGUUUCCUUCUUUAUAGAAAUAUAGAAAUAUAAUAUCAGUGUCUCAAGGCAGUGAUGGUGUCUAGUUAGAACUCUCUGUAUGAAAUAAAUCACAUCCGCUGGGAAACUUGUCUAACACAACAAUGUUCCUGCUACUUAUAUUGGUGGAGCCUCGGAUAUUGGCAACAGGUACAGCCAAUCAUUGGCCACAGAUUAAUUAAUUUAAUCGUUAUUAUCGCCCCUGUAACAGUUGCUUACAUUGUGCUUUUGAGGGGGAAAUAUAAACGGGACAGGGACGCAUUACUUCCUAGAGACAAAGAUGAUAAACGUAGGGGCCUAUUUAAGGGGGAAAACUCACAUUUUUAGAGGG